UUCCACACUGUUAUCAAAAUAUGUAUUACAACCAGAAAAUGAGGUGAUUCUCUUCUACGUAGUUUUAUACUAUAAUUUUGUCUAAACAGUUAACUCUUUGAAAGAUUUCAAGGGUAUGCUUUGUAUACUAUAAUUUUUUAAUCAACGGUAUUUGUUAGUGUGUAUCAGCUGUUCACUUCAGUUGGAUAAAUAAUGGAAUUUGCGGUUUGUUUAAACGGAUGGAUAACAAAUAUAUGCAAUUAAAAAUAAAUAUAUUAUUUAUUUUUCCCACAUUGCUGGGUUGGAAUCCUAAUAUAUAUAUAUAUACAUAUAUGUCAUUAGUAAGAGCAUGAUUAUAGGGGUUUCUUAAGAGGGGUUUUAGUGUUAAAGAAGGAUUUAAUUAAAUCAAAACAAAAUAAAAAAGCUGUUACCGAUCCUUAAGGAAGGAUUUUUGAGAUCGAUUAUUAAGAAAGGUUUUACCCCACGUGUCAGCUUCUCAUUGCAAAUGCAUUUAUUUUAUUUUUUUUCUUUUCUCUUUUUCUUUUCUGUUCUUUUGUUUCUCUCGUCGAAAACGAAGGAGGCUGAAGGUGGGAGAAAGAGGUGAAUCAGAAUCCGACGAUUGGAUAGCGUGAGAAGAGAGCAGAACGACGGAGGAGUUUGGAGGAAGCUACAAUGGGAAUCUCAAAGAAAUCGUCAAACGUUUGUACUUCCCUAUCCUCCUCACGUCGUGAACCGCCGCAAAUUGACUUGGCACGGGCGCUUUCUCAGGUGCAGAGUGCGGUGAAGCCGAUUAAGAAGGAUGCGCAGAAGAAUCUUUUGAAGAAUUUGAAUGUGAUGUUGAAGUUGAAGCGGAUGUCUUUGUUGGCUGAGGCACAGAGGGUUAAGGCUAAGAAGGAGAAGCUCACCAAGAAGAGGAAAACUGUCACCAUUAUUCUUAUGUUCAUUGCUCUGCUCAUCAUGUUCUUAUGUUUAAAUUGUUCAUGUUCAUUGAUCUGGUCAUUAUUUUCAGGUGUAGCAUUGGGAGUGGAAGAUGCUGGUACUAGCUCAUUGUGGACAUGUCUUUGUGCAGUGUAAAGAUGUCUAGUUCCAUCUCUUUGUUUGAAGACAGGUGAAGAAGAGUGAAAAAUCAUCAGUCAUCAGUCACAGACUUGUGUAGGUCAAGAAGAGUGUAAAGUCAUCUUCUGUAUAUCAGUCACGGAUUUUUGUUCAGUUCUUGUUCUGUAUUUUAGUAAUCACUUAUCUUGAAACAAGACUCUCUGAUAUCUUUCUCUUCUCAUUCACCGUCUCGGUUUGAUCAGUCUCCACCUCAUAAGCACCAUUAUUGUUGUUGUUAGAACCACCAACACCACCACCACCACCAUGCUGCUUCCUCUUGGACCGAGCACGCCGGUUCUGGAACCAGUUGUAAACGUUUUGCUCAGCGAUCUGGCCGUGUUGUCUAAGCUCUUCGGUUAUGUCUUUGAUCUUUUGUUGUUUGUAAGCAAAGUGUAUUUAGAAACUUGUAUAAAUGAAAAUGUAUUGUCAAGUUCACAAACAUUCAUCUUCCUUCUCAAGUUCACAAACGUUCUUCUUCCUUCUCAGGUCCAUCUCAAACAUUCUUCUUCUUUCUCAAAAAAAUUAUCUCAAGAUCAAACGUUCUUUUUACUUCUCAAAUAAUUAUCUAAACACAACAUCAAACAUUCCAUCUCAAGCUUUAUGAAUAAUUUUCAUCAAACAUUUUUUUUAAGAACCUUUAGUUAAGAAACUCCCAUUGGACCACUCAAAAUGGAAGUUUCUUAAUAAAAGUUCUUAAGUUACAUUUAUUAUUAAAAAAAUCAUUAAAAACCCCAUUAAGGGUUUUAGGGAUAAUCAUGGUCUAACGCUUGAAAAACUGAGUACAAACAUUUUCAUCACCAACAACAAAGACUAGUGGAAUAUGGGUUUCUUGUACAACGAGUGCCUUAAAAACCAAGCGGUCAGUUUCGGCGGCUACGCUCUUGACGGCUGCGGUGAGUUCAUGCCCAAGUCCACCACCAUCCUCACAGACCCUCCGUCCCUUAGUUGCGAUGCAUGUGGCUGCCACCGCAACUUCCACCGCCGUGACCCUUCCAACGUCUUCAUUCACCGUACCAACUCAACGCCGCCUCCACCACCGCUGCAGCCAGUUGCAUCCACGCAGCACUUGCUUCUCUCUCUCAGCGGCUCCGGUUUCUCUGGACCCUCGGAUCAAGACAUGGGUAAAAUCAGUACGGUGGAUAGGAAACGUAAGAGGACAAAAUUCACGGUGAAGCAGAAGGUGAUGAUGAGAGCUUUCGCAGAGAGAGCUGGUUGGAAGAUCAACGGCUGUGAUGAUGAGUACGUAAGAGAGUUUUGUAGGGAAGUGGGAGUAGAGAGAGAAGUUCUGAAGGUUUGGAUUCACAACAAUAAGUACUUUGCCAACGGGAGGAAUAGAAACACAACGUCCUCUAUGUUUCAAAAGUUAUAGAUCUCUUUCAUGUUGAUGAUGCGUUUUGUCUUCUUGAAAAAAUAAAUAUAUAAGACAAAAUAAGGGUAUACCAUCUUAGUUCCUAGAAUAAUUUUCUUUUUAAUUGAUCAUGACACAUGAGAUAGAUUUUGAAGCUUCAGUGCUUAGUAUUUUUUUUUGGAAAAUCUUACAAAAUUUACAUAUAUCCAACAAUUAAGAUAAUUAAAAUUACGAUCUUAUUCGUUUUACUAUGCUUUCUUGGUGAAACAAUGCUGCUAAACAAUUCAUGAAUGGGUGAAUGAUUAACUAUGCUGACCUGCGACCGUUCCUAACGGGAUGGAAGUUAGCAAUACUAAAUAUAAUUGCUUCCUUAGCAUCCAAAACAACCACGCGGAUAUGGUCGGAUGGUAUGGCGCCUCAGAAAAGAGCUAAUCGCUCCGGGUUCAAAACAUACCACUUACAUUAGUUGGCCCGAAUUAUAAAAAAAUUCCAAAAGUAGUAAUUCAAGAAGUGAUCCAUUCUUGAUGAUUCAAUAGAACGAAUCUCCUGAACUUUAAAGGCAAGUAGAGACAUAAACUAAGAAAGAUACGUGGUUUAACAUAAUUAUUGUUCAUCUGGACAACACUUUCAAGCUCUAUUAUUGUUCUCUUAUAUUGCCUUUUUCCAGUUAAGGAUGAAAAUUGGUUAACAGCCGGCUUACAUUUCAUCCAAAUUAAGGAUUAUGCAGAUGUUUUUGAUAAAAUAUAUACUUUUUGUUAAUUAAGCCGUACUUAUUCACGCACAACUUGGAAGCAAUUGAUAGUUUUUAAUAUUCCUUCUCAUCUCCAUGUUGGUGUGAUAUUUAAACAAAUGAUUCAUUGGUGGAGUUGGCGUCACCAAUAUGACGGUUAAAGUUUUGAUUCCGAAUUAUAAAUGAGAUUCUUUUCCUAAAAAAGUAAUUCGAUUGACUGAUUUUUUGGGUUAGAUUUGUUUCGGUGUAUAAUACAUGAUAUGAUCAAAUUUAGACAUUGGCGUUUAUACACAAUAAUGGUACAUGAAUAUGUGCAACCAAUAACCGAAACAUAAGUCUAGACCUAUUUUUCUGUUGUUGCGUUUUUAUACUUUAGGAAUCAUAUUGAUAACUUAGAAUAUAUAUUUAUUUAGAAAAUAACUUAGAAAAUAUUUAUUAUCCUCUUAUUAGUUCAUUUGAUUCUCUCAUGUUUUCUCUUAUCUUUUCUUUUCCAUUGGCUGCUCCUUCCAGGCCACCAUGGAAUCACUGCUCCCCUCCCCGCAUUCAGAAUCAGCCGCUUUCUCUAUUCCAUCCACAUCAUUCCUGUCAUUGAUGCUUUGAUGCCCUCCCCAAUUGUUUGCUGAGAGACAAGAGACUCUCCAUUAUGAGGAAUCAAGUCAACCAGUUGCAAGUUGAUGUUUCCUCAAAAAUCAAUAAUAGGACAAAAUUUUAUUUCUUCUGUUUUUAAAGAUCAAUUUAUAAAAUUUUCACACAUUUUAAAAGUUAAUAUUUGAAACUCAAUAAUAAAUAUAUAAAAAAAAAUCUGAACUAAAGAAUUUUUUUAUCACUCUCAACCAAUAGAAAUUGAAAAUAUAAAUAAUUUUGAUAUAUGAAAUUCAUUACUAUUAAUAUAUAUAUAUAUAUAUAUAUAUAUAUAUAUAUAUUUGUAAAAUCUAAAAUUUUAAUUUUAAGAAACAACAGAAAAAUGUUUAAAAAUUUUCAAAAACAAAAACAGAGGGAGUAUUCAUUAUUUCCAUCUCCCCCCAUACAGAUUUUACGCACCUAGACAAUAUUCAGCUAUAGUCUAUGCCAUAUCAGUCAUCUACGAAAGGGUGCUCGAGACCAAUCUUUUAUAAACUGGCACUAUCAUCUGCCGCUACCAUUUGAUAAAAGUUUUUUUUUUUUGCUAAAAUUUGGUGCGCCAUUUGAUAAAAGUUGGUGGCAUUCUUGUAAGAAUCCCUUAAAGCAACCGUAUUUAAAUUGAAAAAAGAUGUGAAGAUAUGAUCAAAAGGCAAAAAAAAAAAAUCUAAGAGAUAAACAAAAAUAAAAUUCACUCUCACAAAAAUGAAACAAAAUAAAAACCAAAUAUGGUUAAUCAAACGCAAUAUCCAUGACAAUAAACGGAGAAAUAAUACUUCAAAAUCACAAGGAAGAAAAA